AUGUCCGUUUGGAAUCCGGACAACAUCCGCGAUGUAGCAGAGUCGGUCGGAAUAUCGAAUUUGAGCAAGGAUGUAACCGAGAAUCUCGCCCGAGAUGUCGAAUACCGCAUCGCUCAGGUACUAGAAGAAGCUCUAAAAUUCAUGCGCCACGGACGACGGACGGUACUCACAACACAAGACAUUUCGCACGCUUUGCGGGUACUCAAUGUUGAGCCUUUAUAUGGAUACGAAUCGACUCGUCCGCUGCGUUUUGGAGAAGCAUCGCUGGGCCCUGGACAACCUUUAUUUUACGUUGAGGAUGAAGAGGUGGAUUUUGAAAAGUUGAUAAAUGCUCCGUUGCCAAAAGUGCCUCGAGAGGUUACAUUUACUGCGCACUGGCUUGCUGUCGAAGGUGUACAACCAUUGAUCCCCCAGAACCCUACAUCGAACGAAUCCCGCAAUCUCGAACUAGUCGCCAAGGGCCCCAAUGCCAACCCCAACUUAGCUGCCAUGAGCGGCAACCAGAAUACCGCCGUCAAACCACUCGUCAAACACAUACUGUCCAAGGAAUUGCAACUCUAUUUUGAGAAAGUAUGCAAUGCUUUCCUUGACCCAGCUAGCGAGGAAUACAGAACAUCGGCGUACUCGAGUCUGCGAGAGGAUCCUGGUUUACAUCAACUUGUGCCAUACUUUGUGCAGUUCAUCUCGGAGAAGGUUACGCACAGCUUGAAUAAUAUCUUUGUCUUGACGCAAGUGAUGCGAAUGGCCGAAGCAUUGAUCCAAAACCAAUCUCUUUACAUCGAUCCUUAUAUCUCCGCACUGGUACCGCCGGUUCUCACAUGCCUCGUCGGUCGCCAAUUUGGUGGUAGCAAUAAUGAAUUAUCCGAGCAGAUCGCCUUGCGUGAGCUAGCGGCAGCACUGCUAGGCAUGAUCGCCAAGAAAUAUUCCCACGCAUCACAUACACUCAAACCAAGAAUCGCACGAUCGUGUCUUAAGAACUUUUUGGACCCUGCAAAACCAUUCGGAACGCACUACGGAGCUAUCAUGGGCCUACAUUCUAUUGGCGGUGCUGAUGUAGUGCGUGAACUCAUCUUGCCAAACCUCAAACCAUACGAGAAGCUGCUACGAGACGCCAUUGCCGAAGAGGGACCACGACGGCCCGAGGCAGAAAAAGUACUUGGCUUGUUGCUCUCGGUCCUUUCUUCAUUGCAGGAAGACCGUAUACAGCUUACGAAUGGUCAUUCGGCUGUUGUAUCCGAUGAGCUCCGCGGACAGUUGACGGAGAAAAUCGGCCAGUUGUUUGCUAAUAGGAUAGCGGAUGCAGGGGAGGUACAAUUAGCGCGUGCAAUUCUGGCGCAGCAUUAG